UAAACAAUCUUUUCGAUGGAUAAUGAUGUUGUUUCCGGAAAAUUUCAGAACAAAUUCGUCAUUAAGCGCAACAGUGUAUCAUCGCAGUCAUGAUAAAUCAAUACGCUUCUCUUAUUCCGACUUGUGGAAUGCAUCAACAAUUAUCAAACAAGUGAUUCUACGCAGGAAUCUUUCGAACCAUUAUUUUGGAGUCGCAUUGCUGCACUCGCCGGCAUUAAUAGCUGUCAUUUGCGGGAUUAAUUUGGCAGAUUCAGCCUUCUGUUGCUUGAAAUCAUUCGAUGGAAAUUCGAAACCGCUGACGAAUUACUUGAAACGUUUAAGGACCAAAUACUGCUUCUGUUACAAACAGCUCGUACCAAAGAAUUGCGCCAAAGUUCAGGGCGUUUUCGAUGUACUGGGAGACCAAGUUGUGUUGUUGGAGUUCGAUUUUGAUACAACUUCUUUUGAGGCUGAGUUCAAAAUUGCCUACUGUGUGUUAACCUCUGGUAGCACCGGAGAACCAAAGCUGGUAAAAGUGCCUGAGGCUUGUAUAUUACCUAAUUUAGAGCGGAUGGAAGCUAUAUUCCAGUUUCAAGAAACAGAUCGUAUUUUUGUUUCGUCCCCACCGACUUUCGAUCCAUUUGUGUUGGAUGUAUUUCUGGCUUUGCGGAAUGGGGCUUGUUUGAUAUUAGUAUCUAAUGAGAUUCGUUUGUCUGCAGAGCUUCUGCAAGAUGUGUUAUUCCGGCAGGAUGAAGUUACCUUCAUGCAGAUGACGCCGUCACUGUUUACUCGCUGGAGCGAGGAAGCAAUCAAAAAUGUUAUCCUACAUGAAAAAUCAUCUCUAAGAUACCUAGUUCUAGGCGGUGAACCAUUCCCUGAAACAAUAAAAAUCCCAGAAAAAUGCCCUGUAAAAGUAUACAACAUAUACGGUAUCACUGAAGUUUCCUGCUGGUCAACGAUUGAGGAAUUCACUCCUGGGCUGGAACGCGGAGUAGCCCUAGGCUCACCAUUAGAUUCCACUACACGUCUUCAGUUGCGUCAUGUUGACACGAACGAAAUCAUCGAUACUCAUAAUUCAACACUCCCAGUUAGGGGCCAACUAUUUUUAGGAAGCGAUGUUCGGAAGUGUGUUGUGGAUGAUGAACGAUUGGAGGAAAUUCUGCAUUCAGAAUAUGUUUGCUAUCGAAACACAGGAGACCUGGUAGAGCUAAUUGAUGGUGGCAAGUGGUAUUAUCUCGGGCGAUGUGAUGAGACUGUGAAACGUUACGGGGUGAGAGUUUCUCUAGCGCGCGUGGAACGAGUAGCUAAUCGGUACGCAGGGAUCUCUAGAAGUGUGACAAUUUUCGACCAAGCGCGUUCUAAAUUGUUCUUAUUUUAUACCUCCUUCGUUGACUCGAAAGAUAGGAAAGCUUUAAGAAGCUUCCUGAGCGAGAAAUUGGAAGAAAACGAAAUACCAGAUGACUUAAUCCGAGUGAAUGAUUUCUGUUAUUCUGAGCAUGGAAAAGUGAACAAGAAGGCGCUUCUUAAACUAUACACGGAAUCCCAAGAAACCAGCUGUAAUGCAAAACAAUUAUUCUGCAAACAGUUAUCCAAUGUUCUAGGAAUCAGUUACAACGAGGACGAUGCAAGGAAACGACCCCGAAUGGAUUACGAGUUCUCGUUCAUGGAUGCAGGUGGAUCAUCCAUACAAGCAGUUCAAAUUGUUACUGAGCUUCAAAGUCGCUCUAAGCUUCAUAUACCUAAUUUGGUAGGCUUGUUAUUGGACAAAUCCGUGCCUAUAAGAGACAUAUUACCGAUUUUGGACGAGCCACAUUCUGCGAAACAAUCAACGGUUGAUACCAGUGCGGUUGCUAUGAGUUCGAAUCUGAGGUAUGCAUUUUCACUCAUAACGCAGUUCGAUAUGGGCAAAUGUAUCGACGCCAGUCCCACCGUAUACCGAAGUGAGACACAUAAUCGUCAAAUUAUUGGUGUUGGAAGUCACUCCCAUCAGAUAAUAAUCAUCGAUCAUUGUAACAAUGAAGUUAUAACAAAAUUUGUGCUGCCAGACCGAGUGGAAAGUCCGAUCAGUUACAUAGCGAAUGGAGAUCUUGGUGUAGUUGGAUGCUACGAUGGAAAUUUAUACUGUUUUGACAUAUGGACUUCCGAAAUUCGGUGGAAAUUCGACUCAGGAGGGAUGAUCAAAUGCAAGGCGUUAAUAGCUGACUCUGUGAUAAUAUUUGGAAAUUACGCCACGGAAUAUAACCUGUUUGGGAUUAAUCAUGAAGGUAAACUAAUAUGGAAGAUGCUUUUGGGAACGAAAGGCAUUUCGUCCUCACCAAUUUCCUUGGACCAUGGUGCAGUGUUCGCAGCUACGUUAGACGGCAGUUAUUGCUGCUUUCUCAGUGGAAGAGGAAUUCGAAAAUGGUACGGAAAAUUCGACUCUCCUGUUUUCUCUACCGCAGCAUACGAGGGAACUCGCAAAAUAAUCUUUGUUGCUGAGGUUCAGGGCGUACUGCAUUGUCUCGCUAGCCAGUGUGGAACAAGGCUUUGGAAUGUUUCGGUUGAUGGAAAUGUAUUUUCCUCGCCGAAACUUCUUCCGCGCUCGGACUCUUUAUGCAUAAUUUUCGGAUGCCAUGAUGGCCAUUUAUAUUGCUUCAACUGUGAAGAUGGAAGCAGCGAUAAAGCUAGACUGAAAUGGAGGCUGAACUUGCAGUCACCAAUUUAUGCUAGUCCGAGUAUAGUGAACAACAUGGUCGUGGUUUGCACUACUGUAGGAAACGUGAAUCUUAUAGCCUUGGAGAGCUUUGAAUUAGCUGGAGCAAUUAAAUUGAAUGGCGAAAUAUUCUCUACUCCAUUAGUCGUUGACUCAAGUGCGAUUUAUGUUGGAUGUAGAAAUAAUAAUCUGUAUAAACUUGGUUUUUCCGGGCCGACAAGUUGAUGACUGCUAAGGCUCUGUUCGCCUUAAACUGGCUACAAUUAAAAAAGUUGAUGGGUCUGAGCCUAGGGGCACGGACGGGAUCUUGACAUAGGACUAUGAUUGUGUGUAGUAAUUGCAUUUAAAUUGAGUUUUUUAUUCCUCAAAAUCUGUAUUUUUUCUCUUUUGAUACACCAAAUGGAUGCCCUGGAAAAACCGCUCCUGUAUUUAUUUGUAUUCUUUAAACGGGUUAGAUGAUAUAACGUGAUAGAAUUCGGUACCGCAUUCUGUUCAAAAAUGUACACAAAAAUACCAUUAAAGCCAUUACUACCAUUUUCUUCUGUUUAUUCAAUCAUGCAGAAAAAGACAAAGAGUCAUCAUGUAUCAUUUUUAAACACAAGUCUAAAUAGUUAAGACCUACAAAAAUAUAAGCCUGAGUCAAGUCAAUCUAUGAUUACAAAAAUAUAUUAUAGAUAAAAUAGCAUUCUCUCCUUCAUUACCACGUUGUCCGGAACAUUGUUUGUAAUAACUUUAUAGCCCUGUAAGAUCGCGACUACUCAAGCUAUCAUAAUCUGACUUACGUGGGUAUACCCUUUCGAUCUUCUAAAUCAGCAGCCAUUUAAAUUCAUUUAUU